AUGAACACAGAAGAGCUGGAGUUAUUGAGUGACUCCAAAUACAGAAACUAUGUAGCUGCAAUUGACAAAGCACUAAAGAAUUUCGAAUACUCCAGUGAAUGGGCAGAUUUGAUAUCAGCACUUGGAAAACUUAACAAGGUUUUACAAAAUAAUGCAAAGUACCAGGUAGUACCCAAAAAGCUGACCAUAGGCAAACGCCUAGCUCAAUGUCUGCAUCCAGCAUUACCAGGUGGAGUUCAUCGGAAGGCACUUGAAACAUACGAAAUUAUCUUCAAAAUCAUUGGACCUAAACGACUUGCCAAAGAUCUUUUUUUAUAUAGUUCUGGAUUAUUUCCUCUUCUUGCAAAUGCUGCCAUGUCUGUGAAACCAACAUUACUCAGUUUGUAUGAGAUAUAUUACCUGCCUUUGGGUAAAACACUGAAGCCUGGUCUACAAGGAUUGCUAACUGGCAUUCUUCCUGGCUUAGAAGAAGGAUCAGAGUACUAUGAAAGAACAAACACAUUAUUGGAAAAGGUUGCUGCUGCAGUGGACCAGUCAGCAUUCUACGGUGCCCUGUGGGGUAGUCUUCUCACCAGUCCUGCUGUGCGUUUACCUGGAAUCACAUAUGUUCUCGCCCAUUUGAACAGGAAGCUUUCUAUGGAAGAUCAACUUUAUAUAAUUGGCAGUGAUAUUGAGCUAAUGGUAGAAGCAGUAAGCACUUCAGUGCAAGACUCAAGUGUCCUUGUACAGAGAAGCACACUGGACCUCAUACUGUUCUGUUUUCCAUUCCACAUGAGUCAGGCCACUCGACCAGAUAUGAUCAGGAUCUUGUCAGCAGCCCUUCAUGUAGUAUUAAGGAGGGAUAUGUCCCUGAACCGAAGACUUUAUGCAUGGCUUCUUGGACCCAGAAGCACAAGACACAGCAAUCCUGAAGAACAUGCCACUUACUAUUUCACUACCUUUUCAAAAGAAUUGUUGGUGCAGGCAAUGGUGGGAAUCUUACAAGUGAAUGGAUUUGGAGAAGAGAGCACUCUAACGCAGGAUCUAAAACCUUUUCGUAUUUUAAUCAGUUUACUGGACAAACCUGAGCUAGGUCCUGUAAUUCUGGAAGAUGUCCUGAUUGAAGUGUUUAGAACAUUAUAUUCUCAAUGCAAAGCAGAAUUGGAUCUUCAAAUGGACCCACCCUUCAGUAAGGAUCAUGCUCAGUUAAGCAGUAAAUUAAGGGAAAAUAAGAAAACAGCAGAGCUGAUUAAAACUGCCAACCUUCUCUUUAAUUCCUUUGAGCCUUAUUAUAUGUGGGAUUACGUUGCACGUUGGUUUGAAGAAUGUUGUAGGAGGACACUGCAUGCCAGACUUCAGAUUGGGCCUGGAGAUAGUAGUGAGUCGUCUGAGUUACAGCUGACCAAUUUCUGCUUACUGGUGGAUUUUUUGUUGGAUAUAGUUUCUUUGCCUACUAGAAGUAUGAGGGUGCUGUGUCAGGAGACUUACAUUGAAAUCCAGACAGAACACUUGCCUCAGUUGUUGCUCAGAAUGAUUUCUGCCCUAACAAGCCAUCUCCAGACAUUACACUUGUCUGAACUCACAGAUUCACUCAGACUCUGCUCAAAGAUCCUUAGCAAGGUUCAACCUCCACUAUUAUCUGCUGGCACUGGAAGUGUGUUACAUUUUCCAGGUGGGCAGAACAACUCAGUCAAAGAAUGGGAAGACAAAAAGGUAUCAUCAGUUUCUCUUGAAAAUCCUACUGAAGUGUUUGAAGAUGGAGAAAAUCCACCAAGUAGUCGAUCCUCAGAGAGUGGAUUCACUGAAUUUAUACAGUAUCAGGCAGACCGAACUGAUGACAUUGACAGAGAACUGAGUGAGGGACAGGGGACAGCUAGUAUCCCAAUUGGUAGCACAUCCUCUGAGACAGAAACAGCAUCCACUGUGGGAUCUGAAGAAACCAUCAUCCAGCCCCCUUCUGUAGUCACACAGGGAACAGCAACCCGAAGUGGGAAGAAAACCCAAAAGACUGCAAUGCAGUGCUGCUUGGAGUAUGUCCAACAGUUUCUUACCAGACUUAUCAACCUCUAUGUUGUUCAGAGUAACUCUUUUUCUCAGGCUUUGGCUACAGAGCAUCAGGGGGAUCUUGGUCGAGAACAAGGAGAAACUUCAAAAUGGGACAGAGAUUCACAAGGAGAUGUAAAAGAAAGAAAUAUAAGUAAACAAAAAACUUCAAAAGAAUACCUUUCAGCCUUCCUUGCUGCCUGUCAGCUCUUCCUAGAGUGCUCAAGUUUCCCAGUUUACGUUGCUGAGGGGAGCCAUACAUCGGAGUUACGUUCAGAAAAAUUGGAGAAUGACUGUGAGCAUGUACAGCCUCCACAGUGGCUCCAGACUCUGAUGAAUGCUUGCAGCCAAGCAAGUGAUUUCAGUGUUCAGAGUGUUGCUAUUUCACUAGUCAUGGACCUAGUGGGACUGACACAGUCUGUGGCCUUGGUCACUGGGGAAAACAUAAACAGCGUGGAGCCUGCACAACCCUUAAGUCCAAACCAGGGAAGAGUAGCCGUGGUUAUUAGACCUCCCCUUACUCAGGGAAAUCUGAAGUAUAUAGCUGAGAAGACUGAAUUUUUCAAGCAUGUAGCUUUGACAUUGUGGGACCAGCUAGGAGAUGGGACACCUCAGCACCACCAGAAGAGUGUGGAACUAUUUUAUCAAUUACAUAACUUGGUUCCUUCUUCUAGCAUCUGUGAAGAUGUUAUAAGUCAGCAGUUAACCCAUAAAGAUAAGAAAAUAAGAAUGGAAGCACAUGCAAAGUUUGCAGUUCUUUGGCAUCUAACAAGGGAUCUUCAUAUAAAUAAGUCUUCAUCUUUUGCACGUUCUUUUGACAGGUCACUGUUCAUCAUGUUAGAUAGCCUUAACAGUCUUGAUGGUUCUACUAGCUCUGUGGGACAAGCCUGGCUGAACCAAGUCCUACAAAGACAUGAUAUCGCCAGAGUUUUGGAACCAUUGCUAUUGCUCCUGCUUCAUCCAAAAACUCAGAGGGUUUCAGUACAGCGUGUACAAGCAGAACGUUAUUGGAAUAAGGCUCCUUGUUAUCCAGGAGAGGAGAGUGACAAGCAUUUCAUGCAGGAUUUUGCCUGUAACAAUGUAAGCCAAGUACAACUCAUCACAUCAAAAGGAAAUGGUGAAAAGCCACUUACAAUGGAUGAAAUAGAGAACUUCAGUCUCACUGUUAAUCCAUUAAGUGACAGACUUUCCCUCCUAAGUACCAGCAGUGAGACAAUUCCAAUGGUUGUGUCUGAUUUUGAUCUUCCAGACCAACAAAUAGAAAUACUUCAGAGUUCUGACUCAGGAUGUUCACAGUCCUCUGCUGGGGACAACUUGAGUUAUGAAGUUGAUCCUGAAAAUGUGAAUGUCCAAGAGGAUUCUCAAAUGCCAAAGGCAAGCUCCCCAGAUGAUGAUGUUCAGCAGGUAGUGUAUGACCUGAUAUGUAAAGUUGUAAGUGGCCUCGAAGCAGAAUCUGCAUCAGUUACAUCUCAGUUAGAAAUUGAAACUAUGCCCCCAAAUUGCAGUGAUACAGAUCUAGGUGAAGAGGUGAUUAAAAAUGAAGAUCAUUGUACUCAGCAGAGUCAGAAGGCUUUGCUGAGUGAUGAAAGUUCUCAGUUUCUGUCCGCGUCUGCAGAGGGAGACCAUGAGUGUAUGGCAAAUGGAAUCUCUAGAAAUAGCUCUUCACCUUGUAUUUCAGGAGCCACACAGACUCUUCAUGACUCUUCUGUUGCUUCCACAGAAACCAAAUCUAGACAGAGGAGUCACAGUAGUAUUCAAUUCAGCUUUAAAGAAAAAUUAUCAGAAAAAGUCUCAGAGAAAGAAACAAUUGUUAAGGAGUCAGGUAAACAACCUGGAGCAAAACCUAAAGUAAAACUUGCCAGAAAAAAGGAUGAUGACAAGAAAAAAACUUCAAAUGAAAAACUCAAACAAACCAGUGUAUUCUUUAGUGAUGGUCUGGAUUUAGAGAACUGGUAUAGCUGUGGAGAGGGAGAAAUUUCUGAAAUUGAGAGUGACUUGGGUUCUCCAGGAUCACGGAAAUCUCCCAAUUUCAACAUCCAUCCUCUGUAUCAACAUGUACUUCUGUAUCUCCAGUUGUAUGAUUCAUCAAGGACUCUAUAUGCUUUCUCUGCAAUCAAAGCCAUCUUGAAAACUAAUCCUAUUGCUUUUGUAAAUGCCAUUUCAACCACUAGUGUAAAUAAUGCAUAUACUCCUCAGUUGUCUCUGCUUCAGAAUCUGUUGGCCAGACACCGGAUUUCUGUCAUGGGCAAAGACUUUUAUAGUCACAUUCCAGUGGACUCGAAUCAUAACUUCCGGAGUUCUAUGUAUAUAGAAAUUCUUAUUUCCCUCUGCUUAUAUUACAUGCGUAGCCAUUACCCAACUCAUGUCAAGGUUACUGCCCAAGAUUUAAUAGGCAAUCGAAACAUGCAGAUGAUGAGCAUAGAAAUUUUGACACUCCUCUUUACUGAGUUGGCAAAAGUAAUAGAAAGCUCAGCAAAGGGUUUCCCUAGUUUUAUUUCUGAUAUGUUAUCUAAGUGCAAAGUUCAGAAAGUGAUUCUUCAUUGUUUGCUGUCAUCUAUCUUUAGUGCACAGAAAUGGCAUAGUGAAAAAAUGGCAGGUAAGAACAUGGUUGCUGUGGAAGAAGGUUUUUCGGAGGACAGCCUUAUUAACUUUUCAGAGGACGAAUUUGACAGUGGUAGCACGCUCCAGUCACAACUUCUUAGGGCGCUUCAGAGGCUGAUUGUUCUAGAACACCGGGUAAUGACUAUUCCUGAAGAGAAUGAAACAGGUUUUGAUUUUGUUGUGUCUGACCUGGAACACAUCAGUCCCCAUCAGCCCAUGACUUCUCUUCAGUACUUGCAUGCUCAGCCAAUCACGUGUCAAGGCAUGUUUCUCUGCGCAGUGAUACGAGCUUUGCAUCAACACUGUGCAUGUAAGAUGCACCCACAAUGGAUUGGUUUAAUCACAUCUACUCUGCCUUACAUGGGAAAAGUUCUACAGAGAGUGGUUAUUUCUGUGACACUACAGCUAUGCAGAAAUUUGGAUAAUCUAAUUCAGCAAUACAAAUAUGAAACAGGAUUAUCUGAUAGUAGGCCUCUGUGGAUGGCAUCAAUUAUUCCACCAGAUAUGAUUCUUACUCUUUUGGAAGGGAUCACAACCAUUAUCCAUUACUGUUUGUUGGAUCCAACUACACAGUAUCACCAACUUUUGGUCAAUAUAGACCAGAAAUACUUGCUUGAAGCACGCAGUGGAAUCCUCUCUAUCCUUCAUAUGAUUAUGUCCUCUGUAACGUUACUUUGGAGCAUACUACAUCAAGCUGAUUCUUCAGAAAAGAUGACCAUUGCUGCAUCUGCAUCUGUUACCACUAUUAAUCUCGGAGCCACAAAGAACUUGAGACAACAGAUCCUUGAAUUAUUGGGCCCCAUUUCAAUGAAUCAUGGUGUUCACUUUAUGGCUGCCAUUGCAUUUGUGUGGAAUGAAAGAAGACAAAAUAAAACCACUACCCGGACCAAGGUCAUUCCUGCAGCCAGUGAAGAACAGCUUUUACUAGUGGAACUGGUUCGUUCAAUCAGUAUUAUGAGAGCAGAAACUGUAAUCCAGACUGUGAAAGAAGUUUUAAAGCAGCCCCCAGCCAUCGCCAAGGACAAGAAACAUCUUUCUUUGGAAGUCUGCAUGCUUCAGUUUUUCUAUGCUUAUAUUCAAAGAAGUGGUGAUAUGAUUAUACUCCAUUUCAUUUCUUAUAUUUUAUAGGUUUUGGCUCAUCUUUUGGAUAUGGUUUUCUAUAGUGAUGAAAAGGAGCGGGUUAUUCCUUUACUUGUAAAUAUUAUGCAUUAUGUUGUGCCCUACCUCCGAAAUCACAGUGCACAUAAUGCCCCUAGUUAUCGAGCCUGUGUUCAGUUGCUCAGCAGUCUUAGUGGAUAUCAGUACACACGGAGAGCUUGGAAAAAAGAAGCCUUCGACCUCUUUAUGGAUCCCAGUUUCUUUCAGAUGGAUGCCUCCUGUGUUAAUCAUUGGAGAGCAAUUAUGGACAAUCUGAUGACACAUGAUAAGACAACAUUUAGAGAUUUGAUGAAGAGAUUGGUUGAGAGUCUCCGUUUGCCCCAGGUGCCAACACUGCACUCUCAAGUGUUCCUGUUUUUUAGAGUGUUACUUUUAAGAAUGUCUCCACAACAUCUUACCUCACUGUGGCCUACCAUGAUUACAGAACUUGUACAGGUAUUUUUACUGAUGGAGCAGGAACUCACUGCUGAUGAAGACAUAUCACGGACUUCAGGCCCCUCUGUGGCUGGUCUGGAGACAACAUAUACAGGAGGUAAUGGCUUUUCCACUUCAUAUAACAGCCAGCGGUGGUUAAACCUAUAUCUCUCUGCUUGCAAAUUUUUGGAUUUGGCUCUGGCAUUGCCUUCCGAAAAUCUUCCUCAGUUUCAAAUGUACCGAUGGGCCUUUAUUCCAGAAGCCUCAGAUGAUUCAGGUUUGGAAGUCAGAAGGCAGGGCAUACAUCAACGAGAAUUUAAACCUUAUGUGGUACGACUGGCAAAACUUCUUCGGAAAAGGGCAAAGGACAAGGAGGAGGACUUUAAGACAAUGAUUUUGGAGGGAUUGGAGAUGGCCAAGCAUCAGAAAAAUCCAGAGGAAGACAACUCAGGGAGAACGCUGGGUUGGGAGCCGGGGCACUUGCUGCUCACCAUCUGCACCGUGCGCAACAUGGAGCAGCUCCUGCCUUUCUUCAACGUGCUCAGCCAAGUCUUCAACAGCAAAGUCACAAGCCGAUGUGGAGGACACUCAGGGAGCCCUAUCCUCUACUCAAAUGUCUUCCCUAAUAAGGACAUGAAACUGGAGAACCACAAACCAUUUUCCAGCAAAGCCAGGCAAAAAAUAGAAGAGAUGGUAGAAAAGGAUUUUCUGGAAGGAGUGAUAAAAACUUGAGCACCACCAGUGGUUCCAUUUAGCUUAAAUGUAAAUGUAAUUAUUUAAAACAAACACAUUGCUCUGAGUUGUAUAGUUUCCUUUUUUUUUUUUCGUAUGUAACAAAACACACUUCAGGUUGUAUUUAAUUUAAGUAUUUGUAAAUAAGAGCAAAUGUCUGAAUGUGGCCUGAAUCAAGUUUAAAUAUUGUUGGCUCAUAUUGAUUAUGGUGCCUAAGAGAGAGCUAUAUAUACAUAUAUAGUCCAUUGUUUUUAUUGUCCUGAGUUGUCGUAAACCUGCAAAAUACACACUGCACAUUUUUUU